UUAGCAUGUUGCAACAUGCGUUUGCUGCUGCUCCUUCAUCUUUUUCUUCUUACUUCGUAUGUGAAAGCAGGCAGAAAGACGUCGAGACGAAUGUUAUGUGUAAAAGCAUGUCGAGCAGCAGAGCAAAGGGAUGGUAGCUGUCGAGAAAAGUGUGCUUCCGCAGUGCGAAUGGACAGCUCGGCGGUGAAGAGAAGGGUCGUCGUUAGAACGCCACCGGAAGACCUCUCUUGUUUGGAAGACGGUCUCUAUUAUGAUUUGACUCCUACAAAGGUGCCUCAGUGUCAUGCUACCAAGUUUGUUCCCGACUGCAGACUAAAACGAACAACUUCGUACACAGCAACAGUUGCAAGUCCACCUUCUAAUGUGCACAUUACAUUUUUAAAAGACAGUAGUUCAAACACUGUUGGCCGUGUGAAUUGGACUAAUCCCUCUGAUGGAUUGUUCCAAGGUGUUCAGAUCAGAGUGUUUGAUCACGAGGGGGGUGGCAAUCAAUUAAGACUGUGCUUGGAGAUUAACACAACUGGCAAUGACGACCAGGCAACAAGCUGUGACGUGGAUUCUAGUCUAAUGCCAAUGCCUUGGGAAAAUUAUCGUCAGUACACACUACAUAUGAACUCAAUUCCAUCACCGUCUAAUUGCUCUGAGACAGUAACUGAGAGUAAAGUUUUUAUGUCUCCAGGUUGUGAUAUGAUCACAGAAGAUAUGGAUCCAACAUUGUGCUUAUUUCCAGCUCCUGGCGAGCCUGAUGUGAGAGUAAAGAUAUCUCGUGGAUACAAUUACACUAAUCUCACUGUUGAGUGGACACCAACAAACACGUUCCUUCCACUUGAGAAAACAAAGCUUGUGGUUGAAGGAGCCUUACAUGGAAAAUUACCUCUAAUAUCAACGUUUGUUUUAGGGGAUAUGAGAUCAACUGUUGUAUCAAACCUUGAGCUGCCUGUUGAUAAUCAAUAUUAUGUAACGGUGGUUGUGUUUACUGAUCCUGACAAGACGAAAGAUAGGGGUGUUGGCAAAGGACGAAUAAUUACAGUACCCAUUCCUUCAUUUGCUCCAGAUGCUAUAUCAACAACUCAAAUGACAUCUCAAGCAGAGCAUAGUCGUUUUGUGUCUACUGAAACGUCUACAACACAUAGCAAUCAUCAGCAGUCAUCAAAAACUGAAGACUCACAAAGGAACAUAGUCAUUGCUGGCUCUGUGUCUGGUAUAUUUGUAUUGAUUUCUAUCAUCCUUAUUGUGGGGAGUUUCAUUUAUUGUCAGCGAUUAAAGCAUACUACAACAAGACAUCAUUGUGUUCAUCAUAUUGCUAAAGAAGAAGUACAGUUGCCAUCAGGACCAUUUUGUGCUCACACUGAUCGUAAUGAAGUUGUACGUAUGGUUGCAGAAUAUCAAAGGAAGAGGAAUCGAUCAUACAACAUUUUAUCAUCUGUGUCAGCCGACAGCAGUUCAACUUCUUUCAGGGACUCAACUAAUGAUCGUAGCAAAGUAAAAGACAGCUGUUCAUCUGUUACAACUGUUGAAAUCCAUCACACAAUAGGAGGAUUUUCAUGUGACUUAUUUACAAGCAACAAUGUCCCAAGAGUCUUACUUGUAUAUUCAACAUUGAAUGAUGACAAUGCAACAGAAUGUCGUAGUAUUUGUGGAGUAUUGAGGUAUGAUUAUGGCAUCAAUGUUACAUCUCAUGAGUUUGACGAGGAUGAGGCAAGGAAGAAUAUUCCAAACUGGGCAGAUCAGCACACAAAACGUGCAGACUUUAUUGUUUUUGUGUGCACCAAAGAGCUGAAGGCAGACUUUGAUUGUCGUCAUAGUCGAGGAUUUGGGGACUCACAACUCUUGCAGAGUCUGUGUCAUUUCAUUGAAUGUAUGUACACAAACAGUCGGGCAAUGGCAGAAGCAAAAUGCAUUCCCAUUCUGUUAAGGCAAGAAGAUGCGGACUUUGUGCCUAGUAUUAUGAAUACGUCCGCAAUUUACUGCUGGCAAACACAGAAAGAACAAAUUAUCAGUCUUCUCACAGCUAAACUAUAAGAGAAAAAGUCAAGUGAUGAUGUACUGUGAAUUCAAGUUAUUAAGAAUUGUAGUAAGGAUUUGUAUGAUGAUACAAUUGUGCUUCAAGCACUGAUUGUCGCAAGGGUAUUGACAUAUGAAUGAAUCUAAUGAAUGAUUAAUUUCUGUCGCAUUUAAGUAAAAGGUACAGUUCCCUGGUGUGUGUAUCGUUCGUCCACUAAUUUCCAAUUUAUUCAGAAAUUGAAUAUUGGAUUACAAAUUGAAACUAUAUAAUAGGACAUUUGCUUGAAAUUUCAAUAUUCCAGAAAUAGACAGUUUAGUUCCUCAAUCCAGUCCA